AUGCCGACCAAGCGUAAGGCCACCGAAGCUCAGGCGAACACCAACGAUCCGAAACGCGCGAAACGCGCGGGCGCGAAGACCGCGACCGAGUCAUUAGACGCGCCGAGGGACAAAGCGACGAGAGAUGACGACAAAAAGGCGGGACCCGACGAAGAAGAGGAGGAAGAUCGAGAUGAGAUGCAAGACGGGGAAGAUUUGGAUCUUCGACGCCGAGACGCCGAGACGGACAGUGCGACGGAAGCUCGACGAGACGCCGAUCGACAGCGCAUGUUGGAGUUAUUAAAGACGUUCACACCGUCGCAGAUGGAGCGGUACGAGAGUUACCGGAGAAGUAACCUGAGCAAGCCCAUGUUGCGGAAACUGUUCCGAGCCGCGACGGGGGUGAAUUUGAACCCAAAUGGAUUGAUCAUCCUGGCGGGGGUGUCGAAGAUGUUCGUGGGGGAGAUGGUAGAGACGGCUCGGGAGAUUAUGCGCGCGAAGGGGUUGAACGAGUACGAGGAGAUUCGACCGGAACAUUUGAGAGAGGCGGCGCAGGUCAUCGACGCGCGAGGCGGUUUGAUGAGAAGGAAGAGAAACGACUCCGUCUUCAGCAGAAAGUAG